ACCCUGCUUUAGUAGGACCUCACUUCAAUUACAUCCAUAAUGGACCUACUUUCAAAUAUGAUCACAUUCUGAGGGUCUCCGUUGCUCAUCCCGCGGGUUGGGACAAACUGGCGCCCAACGUGAGAGCUCAAGUACGAGGGACACAGUGAGGGACGCCGUCGAGGUCAGCUGGCACGGAAGGAUUAAGAAACCCAGAGGAAAGCAUCAUGGGAACCUGCCAAGGACUCGCACUCUGGUAAGCAGAUGGCGAAUAUGGGACAGGAAAUCAGCCAGCAUGAGUUGUUCAUAGAGAGUUUAAGUAAGGCUUUAAAGGUGCGGGGAGUAAAGGUGAAAAUAAAACGAUUGUGUAAAUAUUUUGACUAUAUUCAGGAUGUCUGCCCUUGGUUUCCCCAGGAAGGAACCAUAGACCAAAAAUGGUGGAAAAGGGUAGAGAUGCUUUAAAAGAUUAUUACAGUGCUUUUAAAGCACUGUAGGGUCCCAGUCACAGCCUUUUCUUAUUGGAACCUGAUAGAUGAAAUUUUAACUGCCAUGACCCCCUCAUUGCCAAUGUAAUUACUCAGGGAGAGUCUCUCUUAAAGGGAGAACUCGAUAAAAGCACCCUCAACAGUUCUAAGAGCCCAGGUGACUCUAAGCAAUUGUCUGUAACUGAUGAGGCACAGUCGCCACAAGCUAAUGAGGAGGAUUUAAUGUCCUCUCAUAGUGACUCAAAGAAGGGGACGUCCGGAGAGUCACAAUGCCAGGCUGAGAAUAAAAAUGCGCCUUGAGCAAAGACAAAAAGAGGGCCAAAGAGGGUGUCUGCCCAGGGAGCCCCUAACUCAGGAUCUAGACACACCAAAAAGGAAAAGACCCCCUGGCUAAUUGAAAGAGCAAAUAAUUCUGAAGAUGAAGGCACUGAGGAGGGAAUAGAUUGGGAUGACUUAGAAGAAGAGGUGGACCAUUAUAAAAACUCAGAUUUGUUCCACCAUAGGCGGCGACCUCCACCUUACAAGGUGGGGCCCUCAGCACCCCCAAUGACAUGUCCCAUUAUUGAUCCCUGAAAAAGGUUACAAAAAAAAAUUGAGUACCUAAAAGAACAGGUUAGGCUUGAAACUGAGCAUCAAGAGCUCAUAGAACAGCUUGAAAAAAUAAAAAUAGGUAAAAUAAAGAAUGAGGCUAAAACUCAAGUUACCCAAAGUGUCAUACAUUCCCGUAGGGGAGUGGCGUUAAGACAACCUCCUCAGCUUAACACCUUAUUCGAUUUAAAGGAUCAAAGCGUGUACCCGGUGACAGAAACCACCAACCAGCAGGGGACAGCUUGGAGGCAUCAUGCAGGUUUCGAUUUUAAUAUAAUCAAAGAACUAAAAACUGCAGUGGCACAAUACGGCACUACUGCUCCGUAUUAGAAUCAGUGGCUGAAAAUUGGCUUACCCCAGGAGAUUGGCAGACCUUGGCCCAAGCCACCCUUUCAGGAGGUGAUUAUUUGUUGUGGAAAUCUGAGUUUUAUGAAUGUUGUAAGGAAACUGCCCACCACAACGCACAGGCUAAUAAUAAUUGGAAUUUUGACAUGCUAGCUGGUGAAGGCAAUUACGCUACCAGCGACGCACAAAUGCAGUAUGAUGCAGGUCUGUACGCCCAAAUUCAAACUGCGGGUACAAAGGCCUGGCGAAAGCUGCCUACAAAGGGGGAUGUUCGUGCCUCCCUUACCAGCACAAAACAAGGGCCAGAUGAACCUUUUUCAGAAUUUGUACAUCGCCUCAUUACAGCGGUAGGCAGAAUUUUUGGUAAUGCAGAUGCAGGCACAGAUUUUGUUAAACAACUAGCAUUUGAAAAUGCUAAUGCUGCCUGCCAAGCGGCUAUCCGCCCUUAUAAAAGGAAAACAGAUCUCUCAGGGUAUAUACGCCUGUCCUCAGACAUAGGCUCUGCCUAUCAACAGGGAUUAGCUAUGGCUGCAGCCCUACAGGGCUGUACUGUGAAACAGUUCUUAUCUAAUAAGUCAAAAAAUAGGUGCUUUCAAUGUGGCGCCGCUGGUCACUAUGCUAAAGAUUGUAAUGCUGAUAAAAAACCCUCCCUUAAUACAAAAGUCCCUGGCUUAUGUCCACGAUGCAAGAGAGGAAAGCAUUGGGCCAGUGAAUGUAAAUCCAAAAGGGAUGCCCAAGGGCAACCACUUUCUCCACAUCAGGGAAACGGAAUGAGGGGCCAGCCCCAGGCCCCCAAGCAAAAACAAAUCUAUGGGGCAGUCAGUUUUGUUCCUCCAACCAACAAUUUGUUUCAAACCUCUGUCGAGCCACAACAGGAAGUGCAGGAUUGGACCUCUGUUCCACCUCCCACACAGUAUUAACACCUGAAAUGGGGGUUCAAGCAUUGCCCACAGGCGUCUUUGGGCCCCUGCCUGAGGGUUCUUUUGGACUUAUUCUAGGUCGAAGUGGCCUUACCCUACAAGGUCUACAAGUCCUCCCUGGAGAAAUAGAUAAUGAUUACACAGGAGAAAUCAAAGUCAUGGUAACCUUCCCUAAAGUUAUAAGUACUAUCUCCCCUGGACAAAGAUUUGCACAGCUCUUACUCUUACCUCUCCAUAAAACCCAUAAUAGAGUCAUAAAAAAGGACAGAGGUAACUUAGGCUUCGGUUCCUCUGACGUCUAUUGGGCAGAAGUGAUAUCUCCUGACAAGCCCAUAAUGAAAUUAUGGCUAGAUGGAAAGGAAUUUACCGGACUAGUAGAUACUGGAGCAGGUGUGACUAUAAUUAACAAAACCCAGUGGCCUGCCACAUGGCCAAUAAGUGCUACUAUUACUCAUCUCACUGGUAUUGGUCAGAGCAAAAAUCCCGAGAAAAGUACAAAAAUGUUAAAAUGGGAAGAUAAAAAGGGAAAUCAAGGCCAAAUCCAACCUUAUAUUGUUGCAGGCCUACCCUUCAACCUUUGGGGAAGGGAUUUGCUGGCUCAGAUAGGUAUGGUCAUAGGUAGUCCUAAUGAGAUCAUUACUGCCCAGAUGCUUAAACACGGGUAUGUGCCCGGCACUGGGUUAGGAAAAACCCAAACUGGAAUUUAAAACCCUAUAGAAUCUAAACCAAAAACAGACAAGAAA